AUGAAAUGGGGGCUAGUCAUUGCUGGCUUGGGUGAUCUUCAGAAACCAGCAGAUCAACUUAGCUUAUCACAAAACCUGUCUUUGGGAGUUACUGGUCUCAUCUGGACAAGAUAUGGCUUUGUGAUCAUUCCCAAGAAUUAUAUGGUUGCAGCAGUUAAUUUCAGCGUAUUUUUGACCGGGAUGGCACAAGUUGGACGUAUUCUUUACCAUCGUCAAACUAGACAGGAGAAGAACGAUCAACUCGCAAUGAUUUGA